UUGACCCGCUUUCGCCUUUGCGACGCCUACUGAAGCCCGUGUACAACACGAUAGUUUAAAAAGCAAAAUGUAACAAUUAUCGAAACGGUUUCUGAGAAUUUCUUUCAAAAUUCACUUCAAUUUUUGUGUCGCGAUUCUUAAAUGCGGAAACUGAAACCUCGCUACGAUGUUUAGGUCGAAGGAUUUGCAUCUACCCGUUGCUAACGUUCAAUCUUACAAAGAAAAGCCCUUCGCGGUCGUCUCACCGAUUCAGAGACCAGCACUGAAUUUCGGAAUUUCUACAGAAAACCUCCGCGGUCAUGGCUCUUUACCAACUUCACCCGAGUCAGACUCCGACGAAGUCCCAGGCGUCGGCUGCUUCCUGGAACACGACACGCGAGAGAUUAUCGCCGAUUUUUUCUUUCUAGUCACUUCAUCUCCUCGCCUUUGUGAACGGCACACUAAGGUUUUACAGACGAUGAAACGAGUUGUAGACGAUCUGAUGGUCAAGCACAGAAUCGUAUAUAAAGGUAUGCUUGUAAAGCUGAAUUUGGACGAGAGAGGAGAAGAUAUGAGUGUGAUUAGCACGGUGGCCAAGGAGCUCUUCAGUGACGGCAUCACAAACUGGGGUCGCAUUGCCAGCCUCCUCGCAUUCGCGGCAGUUGUGGCUCGGUAUGAGAAGGAAUCUGGACGAGGGAGCUGUGUAGGCCUUGUGGCAGAUGAGAUCUCAUCUUAUCUCAUGUCUAAUCAGAAGGAGUGGCUUCUGAAAAACAAGUCAUGGAAUGGCUUUGUGGAGUUUUUUCACAUUCCCGAUCCUGAAUCUUCAGUGAGGACCGCAUUAACAACCUUUGUUACUGUGGCAGGAAUUGGGGCUGUUCUUGCAUAUAUGACAAGAUGAGUUUCACUGGACUGACUGACUGGACUUUGGUGUACAGCUGUAAACAGACACAAGCAGCCUACCACCAAGAAUUCCAUCUCAAGAUCAGUCGGAAUUGUAAAAAGUUGGAUUUUGCCAUUUUAUCGAUUUGAAGAGUUUAUUUUUAUUAAAAUAAUUCUUAAAACACUAUGUGAUUUCACAAAACAUUUUUUUUUGUCCAAAAACAAGAUGUGGGUUGUGGUGUGUGUUUUUUUUUUUUUUUUUUUUUUUUUUUUUUUUUUCUUCCCCCCCCCCCCCCCCUUCUCCCCUUCAGUUCAAUGUUAACUAUCAAAUUGAAUACACACUGCUGAUGACGUUUGUUAUCUGCAAAUAUUCUAUAGCACAAUUGUCUGGUACUGUGACUAUAUGGGGCUUGUUUUCCCAGGAUUCAGUUUAACUGUUUAAACUGGGGAAUAUGCUGAAGGUGCUUACUACAUAUAACUCUACAUUUGAAGUCUACAAAGUAGAAUUUCGUUCUGUGGAAACAAUUUGGUGCCAUUAUUUUUUUGCUUUGAAUUUAGAUUUUUUUUUGUGGGGUGGGUGGGUGGGUGGGUGGGUGUGGCUUGCAGUUCAGGAAGUCCUAACUUGUCAGCAUGUUCAUUCACUUCUUUUCUGUUCUUGCAUUAAAAUUGGCUUGCUGUAAAAGAGCAUGUGCAAUUCAGGAAACUCUUGACUCUUCAGUACAUUCAUCUAGACAACCUCUCUUCUACGUUUAAAUGGGCUUUGUAGUAAGAGUGCAUAUGUAAUAAAGUGAUUGCUUCUUCAUGUAA